GGUACAGGAUGUACAGAAAAAGUCAGACAACAGGCUUCCCUUCAUUAAUUACUAUUUUCUCAGCACCAAAUUACCUAGAUGUCUAUAACAACAAAGCGGCUGUGUUAAAAUAUGAAAACAACGUCAUGAACAUUAGACAGUUCAACUGCUCUCCUCACCCGUACUGGUUGCCCAACUUCAUGGAUGUGUUUACAUGGUCAUUACCGUUUGUGGGCGAGAAAGUGACUGAGAUGUUGGUGAAUGUCCUGAAUAUCUGUUCUGAUGAUGAACUCAUGUCAGAGGGAGAUGACUUGUGCGAAGGUGGGGCUCCUGCUGUUCGUAAGGAGGUGAUCAGAAAUAAGAUCCGUGCCAUUGGGAAGAUGGCUAGAGUCUUUUCUGUGCUCAGGGAAGAAAGUGAGAGUGUACUGACCCUCAAAGGGCUCACCCCAACCGGAACGCUACCUCUAGGAGUGCUGUCUGGAGGCAAGCAGACCCUACAGAAUGCCAUCCAAGGCUUCUCUCCAACACGGAAAAUCCGCAACUUCGAAGAAGCUCGUGGCCUGGACCGAAUAAACGAACGAAUGCCGCCUCGGAAGGACGGCCAGAAACCUGACGGUACCACAGUUAACGCUGCCAACGAGAAGAACGGCACUGACGGGAAUGUGUAAGGGGAGAUUUUGCACUUUUCCUCUCCUCCAUAGGAUUUUCUCUUUUUCUGCCACGUUCUCCAUGAGACAGACCCUUCAACUGCCGGAUCCUGCAGAGGAGAUGUGGCCUGGGAUGUGGAGAGGAAUCAUUCCACAAUCAGAGAGAGAGAGAGAGAAAACACUUAUAACUAAGUACAAACAUGAGAUUUUAUUUAUUAAAUGAAGCGUAUUAGAUGUACUUGAGAUAGCAACAUUUUAAAAACGAGUGAACAUUGGAAGUGC